GCACACAGAGUAUUGUGCAUGGAAUGAAAAAAGAUUCACCCUAGAACCAAAAACAAGGUAGCGACGAUACGCUCGUCUCCAGACACUUUCGCUAGACUGGAUACGAGGUUAUGGCUACUUCAGUGUGUUAUGGCCAUCAUAUCAAACAGAGAGGACUAACGUAUCACAAUGGUGGAAGAGAAGUCAAAAUUCCAAAAAGAUAAUGUGUCACAGUCAGUUGCCAAGGAAACUAAUGAGGAAAGUCAUGCUUGUUUUGGAUUUCACCACCAUCGACCGAGCAUCAUGCAUAAGGAGGUUGAAGUGGAGACGGAGUUCGGAAAUGUUCACUGCACCGUAAUGGGGGUUCACAAGGGCAACCGCCCCGUCAUCAUGACCUUCCACGAUAUCGGACUGAAUCACCAUUCGUGCUUCAGUCCCCUGUUCAGUCAUGAGGACAUGCAGGAGAUCUUAUGGCACUUUGUCGUGUGUCAUGUUCACGCUCCUGGACAGCAUGAGGGUGCCUCUUCUCUACCCUCUUUGUACCCCUUCCCCUCCAUGGACCAGCUCUCUGAGGCUCUCCUCCAGGUUCUGGAUCACUUUCGGUUCCAGACUGUCAUUGGACUUGGUAGCGGUGCAGGUGCCUAUAUCCUAACCAAAUUUGCUCUAAACCAUCCAGACAAGGUUGAGGGACUUGUCCUCAUCAACAUCAAUGUUCGUGCAGAGACCUUGAUGAAUUCAGUUGCACACAAGUUGACCGGCUGGAUCCAUGCACUGCCUGACUACGUGAUCAACCACAUGUUUGGAAAGGAUGAGAUCCAGAACAACCCAGAUCUGAUCGCCAUGUACCGCAACCACAUCACUCAUAGUGUCAACCAGUCCAACCUGGCCCAGUUCAUCAAGUCCUACCAGAACCGCAGGGACCUAGAGAUAGAGAGGCCCAUCCCAAGGGGGAGCUCUAGUGCCAGGACUCUGAGUUGCCCAGCUUUGCUGGUGGUGGGUGAUGGCUCUCCUGCUGUAGAGGCUGUAGUCGACUGCAAUGCAAAGCUCAACCCAACCAAGACCACGCUGCUCAAGAUGGCUGACUGUGGAGGACUUCCUCAGGUGAGCCAGCCGGGUAAACUGACGGAGGCCUUGAAGUACUUCAUCCAGGGAAUGGGCCACAUGCCCUGGGCCAGCAUGACCAGGCUGGGGCAUUCCCGUGCCACCUCGGCCUCUGGCAUCACCUGCGACAGCGACCUGAGCCACUCUCAGCCCGCCGAAAGCCAGCACAGCCACGCGCACAUCUACGCAUCGAGAGAGAGUGCCUCCGACAAAACCGCGGAGCAGAACGUGACCGCCUCCAGCAGCAGGACCGAGUUGGCCUGCUAGAGAUGUCACUUUUAGCUCCUAGGUUGGGUCAAAUGACACGCUUUUCCCCCUACAAUUAGUCAAUAGUAGUGCCCCAUUUAGAGAAUAAGGUGUGUUUUGGGAUGCUGGCAAGGGGCCGUUAACACACUUCCUGUUGAACCCUAUCUUCUGUUGCACCCUACUGCCUGAUCUACUGCAGACAAUAAAUCAAGUGGAUGUCAUUGCUUCUGGGUAAUUGAGUUUAUAGCCCAGUGAUUAUCAAACUGGAUGCCAUUCGGGGGGGAACGUAUGUAAUAUGUGUUCUAUUCUGUGGAUAUGUAUCUAUUGUCAUUGUUACAAUUGAGUAUUUCUGCAAAAAUACACUUGGAAUGUGUGGUUAUGUCGAGGAUUAGAGGUGUUUACACGAGAUCGUCUGUGGCUACUGUUUAGCUUAUUUUGAGAUCAUAGAACAGAUCAAUACUCCCAUAUUUUGUUACUUUAUAACAUGAAGUGAUGUGUAAUACACAAAAACAUAUUGGUUCCCAUUUAAAUUAGCCUGGAACUAAUUACAUGCAUUUCAAUAUGGUGAAAUCUUUCCAAUUCUAAAUAAGACAUUUUCCGUAUACUACAUAUACAAUGUAUAGUUAACGUAAACUUUUUUCCAUUAAAGAAGUAGUUAAAAUGCUGCAGAAAUGUUUUCUACAAAAUGACUUCUGAAAUACUGGUCGCUGUAUGAAUCUUCAUACUGACACAUGAUACUGCUACUGGUGUUUAUUUGAGCCAGAGGGAUGUGCAGAAGGUACUGGAUGGGCAGUUGGAUGCAGUAUGUUCUUUAAGACGUGGGAUUUUUGGGUCUUCAGUACUUUGCCGAUUAGUCUCAGUCUCAGUAAAUGGUAAAACACUGAGUAUUUAGGUUCAGAUUUCCAAUCAAAACAGUUUUUCAGUCUGACUCUGGCCACAUAGAGUGAAAAGGAGUGCAA